AAAUUGUCCAAGGUCAAAAUAAGUCGAAAAAGUAAUUUCUAGCCUUGCAAAUAAAUUUCUAUGUUGAUAAAUCUCUAUAUUGAUCAAGAUAGAUUGCAUUUUUGAUUGCAAGUUCGAGUAGCACUAAUUUGUCAGCCAUGCCUCCCAACUCUAGCAGUAAUGGGAGAGAGUCUCAGUAUUGUGUACUGUGGAAUAAUUACCACAAUACUCUUGUUUCUACACUUGUUUUGUUGCGGAAAGAAGGACUUUUAGUAGAUUGUACAUUGGCUUGCACUGAUGGUGGCAGAGUUCAAGCUCACCAACUUGUGUUAGCUGCAUGCUCCUCAGUCUGCCGGGAUUUUGUCAGGGACAUUGAUAGUAAGCAUCCCAUUAUUCUGCUACCAUCUGACAUUGGGACUCCUGAGCUGCGUGCAAUGGUGGAGUUCAUGUAUACAGGACAGGUUUGUGUUGAACAAGAUCGCCUGAAGGCCUUCAUCCAUGGGGCACGAUACCUGCGCAUCAAGGGGCUUGAGGAUGGAUCUGAAGAUACUGAUGCUGAGGAUUUGGACUCUUCAGGUGAAGGCACCAAGAUUUCAUCUGCCAAAGAAGAAUCUCGACCGCUGCGCACAGGAGGCAGAUUAAAAGAUGAUGUUGCUGAGGAGCAGAAUUUUGCUGAAGCAGAUGACGACUCCAAAGACAAUUGGCAGGUGGUGGAGAGGAAACCUGUCAUCCUGCCACAGGGAGCACCUGCUUCACCAGGGAGCCGCAAACGUCGUCGUCUGACGUCGUCGCGUCGCCGGCCGAUGCACCUGAGCAGCAGCAUCGUCUGCUACGAGCAGAACGGUCCCUCGAGCAAACCUGGCAAUGGGAUACACAACCACCGAUACUCAGCCUCUGGUCUUGGUCUCAAACUCCACCAUCAAAUGGAUGAGAGCAGCUGCGAACCAAUUAAUAAAAUCCGACGUAUGAGCACCCAACAAGGUCACUGUCAUGACGAUCUGGAGAUCUGCACCUGCUCAUCCCGCAAGACGUGGAGUGUGGCCGACACAGAGGCGCUACUCAAAGCUUGGGGCGAGACCUUAACAAAAGUUCCGCCUUCGUACUUCAUUAGGUCGAUGUCGCUGUGCAAGCGUGUGGCCCGUACACUGCAGUCGCGCGGUGUUGAAAAGAACUGGCGUCAGUGUCAGGUGAAGAUGAAGAACCUGAGACGUGAAGUUCGUCUCUUCAAGGAGUCUCGCUGUCGUCUCAGUUCCCGGAAGCCUUCUGAGGUCGCCAACGCCUGUGAAAAACUCCUGCCGGCGAUCGAGCACAUCUUCAAUAAGGAGGAAGAAAUCCGCCAGGAAUGGUACCAGCUGAAGUCUGAGGACAGGGUUCGUGUGGAUGGUGAAAGGUCCCCUCUGCAGCAACGGGAUAUUCUGGCUGAGGUGGCAGUUUUGGCAGAGUCCGACUUGGGUGACGACGACACGGACGGUGCUGGUCUCGAGACCGAGGGCGAGGGCGGCCUGUUAACUGAAGGCGAAGGCGAUGGACUUCUGACCGAGGGAGAAGAAGGACGCGAGCCUGGAUGCAUUCUACAGGAGGAUCACCACGCAGGCGUUGUGCAAGGUGUUGAGGUCACCACCGCUAACGCGUUUGUGGGUGAUGAUACAGGUCCACACCACAGCGUCUCGCAUCAGCCUGAUGGCACCAUACAUCACAUCGUCGAGGACGUGUCUGUCACCACUCGACGAUAAGAGAUUUGUUCUGAAGUGAUAUUUUUUCGUCUGUCCAACGGUAAUAUAUGAUCUCGGAAGUUUGGUCCGAGGUUAAAAUUACUCGUUUUGCAUUUAUAUUGUAGCGAUUCUUGAGCAUUCGAUAAUAUUUUAGGAUUUAUCAUGUGGUUCUGAGCACUUUUUAUCAGUAGAUCCUUCUGUGAAACUUCCAACGAUUCAUUGAAGGAUCAAAAAUUCUGUAUUGCGCUUCAACCAUCAAUAUCAAUAACGGCAACAGAACUGAACCUUCGAAUCAAGAUCAUUCAACGAAAGAAGAUUAAAUUCCCAUCAUAUUUGUUACAACUUGAUUCAUUCAUAGCAAUUUACUCAAAGCUUCAUACUUAAUUUGGGAUCCACUUGUUCUUUUAGUAUUUGUUUCGGACGUAACAGUCCCAGGCCAUGAUGAAUGGCCGCCUCUCACUUUAAACAAUUCCCUACAUUUAACAAUUGGUCCGUCGAUAUCAUGAACACAAUGUACUAAUUUAAAAAUUUUCUUAACACGUUGACUACGUAUUGGUACAUAUG